CUGGUCGCUUCACCAACAGGCCCACGCCCUCAACAUGGCGGGUCUGCUGCUGCAUAGGUUCGUCAGGAUCCACCGCCGUGUGCCGGUGACCGCCCCCGCCGCCGUUGGUGCCGCCAUCUUCUGCGCCUCGUCGUCCACCAGCGUCCCGCAUCUGGAGAUGAGCACCAGUGGGAAGGAGACCGCUGCUAAAGUUGAAUUAUCCACAAAGAGCUGUGUCCCAUGCAAUUCAAAGGAUUUACAUGCCAUGUCAGAAGAUUCUGCUAAGAAGUCGCUCGAACAGGUGGCUGGUUGGGAACUGAAACCUGAAGGUGAGAUUCUGAAAUUACACAGAACAUGGAAGGUGAAGAAUUUUGUAAAAGGGCUUGAGUUCUUUCAGCUUGUUGCUGCUAUUGCUGAGGAAGAAGGUCACCACCCAGAUCUUCAUCUUGUCGGCUGGAAUAAUGUGAAAAUUGACGUUUGGACUCACUCAGUCAGAGGUUUGACAGAUAAUGACUUCAUCCUUGCUGCAAAGAUCAAUGAACUCAAGCUAGAAGGUCUUUUGAGCAAGAAAAAAGCUACUACCCACGAGUGAUUCUGGAUCAAGCAAAUAAUCCUUGUCUGCAUACUCUUUUUGAACUUUUAACGUGUAGAGACCCAAGAGAUUUCGUUUAUAUUUUCUAUGAGAAUUGUAUAUGCGCUUCAGGACCAAAUUUCAGCCACUUUGACGGUGAGUUUCACAUGUGAUCAGAUUUAUCCGUCCUGGGUGAUGUGAUUUGUCUGAUAUUUGUGUGUAUCUUAUGAAUGUAUUCAGUAGUUUGACUGGGAUUUCAGUUUUUGCCCAGUAAAUUGAGCAAGAAAAAUGCCUUAAAAUCA